UCCUAGGGCACCUAUUAUAGGAAGUCUAGCCCCUGAGCUCCGGGUCCUGGCCUCUGCAGAUGUGGUCAUGGCCUCUGAGUAUGAGAUGGGCCUCGUCCGCCAGCUGCAGGCACGGCACACACGGAUGCAGGAGAAGACCUUCACCAAGUGGAUCAAUAACAUCUUCCAGCACGCCCGGGUGGGAAUCCAGAUCCAGAACCUGUAUGCUGAUCUGGCCACUGGCACCUACCUCCUAAGGCUGCUGGAGCUCAUUUCCGGGGAAGCCCUGCCACCGCCAAGCCGGGGCCGCCUGCGCGUGCACUACCUGGAGAACAACAACCGGGCUCUGGCCUUCCUCAGGGCUAAGGUGUCUGUACCCCUCAUCGGGCCAGAGAACAUCGUGGAUGGAGACCAGACUCUUGUCCUGGGACUUCUCUGGGUCAUCAUCCUGCGUUUCCAGAUCGCCCACAUCUCCCUGGGCAGGGAGGAGUUUGGAGCCAGCGCAGCCCUGCUGUCUGCUAAGGAAGCCCUGCUGUUGUGGUGCCAACGGAAGACAGCUACCUAUGCCAACGUGCACAUCACCGACUUCUCCCGCAGCUGGAAUGAUGGGCUGGCCUUUGGGGCCCUCAUCCACGCUCACUUGCCAAACCUGCUGGACUACCACUCACUGCACCCAGACCAUCCACUGCACAACCUCGCCCUGGUGUUCCACGUGGCUGAGUGCAAGCUGGGCAUCGCACAGCUGCUGGACCCCGAGGACGUGGCAGGCCCACAGCCAGAUGAGUGCUCCAUCAUGACAUAUGUCUCGCUCUACCACCAUCAUUUCUCCCACCUGCAACGCGGCCACACCGUCUAUAGGAGGCUCACCAAGGUCCUGCUCCAGCUCCAGGAGACAGAGGCAUUACAGAUCCGGUAUGAGCAGCAGGCAGCUGACCUGCUGUGCUGGAUCAUCCAGCAGCAGGCACAGCUGGAGGCACCUGAACUGCCAGACUCGCUGCCUGCCCUGCGGCAGCACCUGGCAGCCUUUGCCUCCUUCCGCAGCCAGGAGAAGCCACCACGGCUGCAGCAGCGAGGGACCCUGGAGGCUCUACUCUUCCAGCUGCAGACAGCACUUCGGGCCCAGAACCGCAGACCCUUCCUGCCCCCUGAGGGCCUAGGCACUGCAGAUCUGGCCUGGCGCUGGGCUGGGCUAGAGAGGGCUGAGGCUGCUGGGAACCAGGCCUUGCAGCAGAGGCUCCUGCGGCUGGAGCGUCUGGACAUGCUGGCCCGGCGCUUUCAGCACAAGGUGGCCCUGCGGGAGAGCUUUCUGCAGGAGGCGGAACAGGCACUGGAGCAGGCUGGAGUGCCACUGGCCAGCCCGGCCACAGUGGAGGUGGCCACCCAGAGGUUGGGUAUGCUGGAGGCUGACAUCUUGGCCCAGGAGGGGCGUUUCCAGGCCCUGGCAGAGCUCACAGACGUCCUCCAGCAGGAGCAGUACUCCUCCUGGGCAGAUGUGGCCCACAGGCAACAGGAAAUCACCCGGCGCUGGCAGGGCCUCAUCCAGGCUGUACAGGGGCAGAGGAGGCAGGUCGCGGGCACACAGGCUGUGCUGAGACUGCUGCGGGAGGUGGAGGCCACCUCGGACCAGCUCCAGGAGCUGCAGGUGUCAGCCACCUCCCAGGCCUGUGGGCAGCAGCUGGCUGAGGUCAUGGAGGUGCUGCAGAGGCAAGAACUGCUGGAAGCCCAGGGGGAAGACCUGGGAGCUCAUGUGAGCCAUCUGGUGUACCAGACCACAAGGCUGGAUCCCUCCCUGGGCAAUGGAGUAAAGACUCUACAGGCCAAGGCCAGGGCACUGGCCCAGCUCCAGGAGAGCCUCAUGUCUCUUGUCAGGGCCCGGCGGGUACUGCUGAAGCAGACCCUGCAGCGAGCCCAGUUCUUGCGCGACUGUGAGGAAGAGGAGGCCUGGCUGGAGGAGCACAGGCGGCAGGUGGACGUCGAGGCCCUGAGCCGGGAUCCCCUCCGGAUCGCAAGUGCCAUUCGGAAACACAAGGCCCUGGAAGCCGCUCUCCGCCACCACCAGACCAUAUGCUCGGAUCUAGUGCAGCGAGGAUGCGACCUCGCUGCCCGUGGGCCUCCAACGCAGCUGGACCCCCGGGAACGAGCAGAGGUGGUGCAGGGCGCGUCGCAGCUGCUGCGGGCCCAGUGCGCCCGUCAGGGCGCGCGGCUGCAGGCGGCCCUGCUGGUGGCUCAGUACUUUGCGGAAGCUGCGGAAGCGGCGGCCUGGCUCCGGGAGCGGCAGUCGGCGGUGGAGAGCAGGUUCUGCGGGGAAGACCAGGCGGCCGCCGACGGCUUGCUGCGGCGCCACCUGCAGCUGGAGCGCUCCGUGCGCGCCUUCGCAGCCGAGCUGCAGCAGCUGGAGGAGCAGGCGCGGGCGGCCGCGGCCCGGGCGCCAUGCGGGGAAGAAGCCUCUGAUGGCUGGAGAGGGGUUGCUGGAUAUAUGACCAGGAUGCCCCAAGAUAGCCCCAAAACCAUCACAGUGCCAGGGACAUGUUUCACCUUGCUCCCAGGACGGGCCCUGGAUACCUGGAUGCUGGGGGACAAGGAAAGCUGCCAGGACAAGGUGCCCAUCGGCUAUGUGGUGGAGCAGGAGCUCCAGGUGGCACCUGCCCUGAACCCACUGGGGGAGGCUUCCUACCACCCUGGCCCCAGAGAUACCUGGAAGACAGCUCUCCCAGCCAAGCCUGACCUCCACUUGGACCCCAAUACCAUACUGCAGACACAGGACCACUUGAGCCAAGACUACGAGGACCUGAGGGCCCUGGCAGAGUGCCGCAGGGCCCGGCUGGAGGAGGCAGUGGCCCUAUUUGGCUUCUACAGCUCAUGUGGGGAACACCAGGCCUGGCUGGACAAGCAAGUGGCCGUGUUGUCCACAUUACAACUCCAGGCCCACAACUGGGAAGCCACACAGCUCAAAUACAAGAACUUGCUCACGGUUCUGGCUGUGGGUAAGGGCGCCCGUGCUGAGCUCAACUGCUUGGCUCAACACCUGAUGCAGAGCUGGCCUGGGAACUCCACUCAGAUCCAGCGACAGCAGGAAGAUCUGAGCCGGAGGUGGGAGCAGCUGGAGUCCCUGAAGAAGGAGAAGGACUGGGAAUUGGCACAUGGCAUGGAAGUGCGCAGCUUCCUGCAGGAGCUCGGGCCUCUACAAGUCCAGUUGCAAGGCUUGAUGCUACAAGUGGAGGCAGGCAGCCCAGAGGACAACUGCCAUGCCCUGCAGCGGGCCCAGCAGGAGCUCCCAGGGCUGGAGAGGAGGGUUCACCACUUGCAGAGCAUGGCCACCAGGCUGAAGGAGAACCAGGAAGUGACGGAGGCACUGAAGAGGCUGCUGAAGCAAGUGCAGAGGCAACUGGCCCAACAGGCCCGGGGCCAGGCUGAGAUUGGGGCCCGGCAGAACUUCCUGCAGGAGAGCCGAGAGCUGCUGCUGAGGGCAGAGAGCAUGCAGGCUCAGCUACACUGCGAGGAGGAGCUGGCAGAUGAGGCCUCAGCCCAGCGACUGCUGAGGCAGCACAGAGCCCUGCAGGAGGAGAUCCGCCUGCAACAGGAGAGGCUGCAGUGGCUAGAAGUACGGGGCCAGGAUCUGGCAGCUUCAGGUUCCCCAGAGGCCCAGGAAGUGGACAGCGCCCUGAGACUGCUGAGCCAACAUGGCCUGCAGCUGGAGGCUGCAUGGGAGCAGAGAUGGCAGCGACUGCAGGAAGGGCUGGAGCUACAGAGGUUCAGCCGAGAACUGAAUGGCUUUGCUGCCACCUGUGCCAACCAUGAGGCCUUUCUGCACCUGGACACCAUCGGGGAGGACCUAAGGGCAGCUCAGAGCCUCGUGCAACAGCACCGGCAGUUUGGGUGGCUCCUGGACACCCUGGCCCUGCGGGCAGAGGCCCUGAAGGCCCAUGGCAAAAAACUGGGUCAGAGCCUGCAUCCUGCUGCACGCAGGGUCAGAGAACAGCUGCAGAAUGUCCAGGCCCAGUGGGCCAGGGUCCAGGAGAGGAGUGAGCAGAGGCGGCUACAACUACUGGCUUCCCUCCAGCUCCAGGAAUGGAAGCAGGAUGUGGAGGGGCUGGUGCUGUGGAUGAAAGAGAAGGAGCUGCUGGUGGCGGAGGUGCCCUGCCCAGGUUCCCAUAACAUCCUGCGGAAAGUCAGGCGGCUCGCCAUGGUUGAGAGUGAGCUGCAAGUCACCCUCCAGCACGUGGAGCACCUGCAGCAGGUUGGAACAGAGCUGUUGGGCAGCAGGCUGCAGGCUCAGGAGGACAUACAGGCUGAGCUCUGGGGCCUGAACAGCCAGUGGAAAGAACUGAACCGCAAGGUGGCAGAGUGUGGCAACCAGCUCCGGCAGGCACAACGGCAGGACCAGCUCCUGGGGCUGCUGCAGGAGGUCAAGGAGAAGAUGGUGCAGCUAGAGGGAGCCCAGCAGGAGACAGAGACAGAGCAAGACCAGGGCUCCAGACAGCGGCGGCUGCAGAAACAGCUCCAAGAGUUAGAAGCCGAGGGCCAAGCACUGGCUGGCACAAUGGCUGCCCUGUGCCCCCAGGCUCUGGGCCUUGGCACUUCCCAGUCUGUCCUGCAUGAGAUCCAGAAGUGCCUGCAGAGGUUCGAGUCCCUGCAGGGACACCUGGCCACCCGGCGCCUGCAUCUGCAGACCUCGGUGGAGCUGUGCCAGUUCUGCCACCUGAGCGACCUGGAGCUCUUGUGGGUGGCAGAGCACAUGCCCAGCUCUGGCCCUGUUGAGUGCUGGCCCAGUGUCCAGAGCCUUCGCCACAGGCACAAGGUGCUGCAAGCUGAACUGGAAGCUCACCAGGCGCAGGUGCAGUGGGUGCUGGAUUCCGGACAGAGCCUGGCAGCCUCAGGGCACCCCCAAGCCCAGGGUGCCACAGAGUGGUGCCACAAACUGGAAGGCAGCUGGGCAGAGCUGCAGCAGGCAUGUGUGACACAGGCCCAAACACUGCAGCAGGCUGAGGCUGUCCAGCAGUACUUCCAGGACGUGUCGGGGCUGGAGGCCUGGGUAGAGGAGCAGCGGGCACUGGUGAACAGUGAGCACUGCGGUACAGACAAGGCUGCAACCUCGAGGCUGAUCAGGAAGAACAAGGUGCUGCAGCAGACCCUCACCCUUCACUGGCGCUCCCUGGAGGAGCUGGACCAGAGGGCCCAGACCCUCGCUGGCCCUGCAUCCCUGAAGCAGCUGCAUGGGCUGCAGGAGCGGCUGCGGGAACAGCUGCAGGCUCUGCAGGAGAUGGCAGCCACACGGGGCCAGGAGCUAGAAGAGGGCCUGAGGCUGGCUGAGUACAUGCAGGAGGCUGAGGACCUGCACAGCUGGCUGGCCACCCAGAAGCAGGCAGCCCUGGCAGAGGCAAGCCCUGGAGAGGCAGAGGACGAGGAGCAGGUCCUGCACCUCUACACCAAGUUUGCGACCUUUCAGCACCAGGUGGAGAUGGCUGGCCGGCGCAUGGCCACCUGCCAGCAGCUAGCCCAGAGCCUGCUGCAGCAUGGGUCCAGCUCUGUGCCUAGGGCCUGGCAGACGCAGCAGGAUCUGCAGGCUUCCUGGUCAGAACUGCAGGAGCUGACCCAGGCCCGGGGCCGCCUGUUCCAAGAUGCUGAGACUGCCUUCCAGGUGCACAGAGACCUGCUGGGAGCCCUCGCCCAAAUCCAGGAGCGAGCCACCAGCCUGUCCAGUGAUGUGGUCCAGGACCUGCAUGGGGUAGAGGUGCAGCUGAGGAGGCAUGAGUGGCUAGAGUGUGAGCUGGCGGCAGCUGAGCAGCAACUGCAGGAGCUGCUGGAGACUUCAAAUAAGGUACAGAGUUUGUGUCCAGGGCCUCGGGCUCAGGCCGUGCAACAGGGGCAGCAAGCUGCGACCCAGGCCUGGGAGGCCCUGCGGCUGCGCGUGGAGCAGCGCAGGGCUCAGCUGGAGCGUGCAUGCAUCCUGGCCCAUUUCCACACGGCGGUGCAGGACUACACCUCCUGGGCAGCCCGUGUGCGGCAGGAACUGCAGAUGGAGGAGAGCACCCAGGAGCCCAGCAGCAGCCCCCUGCAGCUCACUGCCCACCAGCAACUCUGGGCAGAGCUGCAGACCUGGGAGGAACAACAACAGGAGGCCACCCGGCUGGGUCAACAGGCCCUGCUGACUGCUGGGAUGCCUGCCAACGAGGUCCAGCAAGGGCUGCGUGACCUGCAGAAGGAGCGGGACCAGGUGUUCCAGGCCUGGUCAUGCAAGCAGGAGCGGCUACAGGCCACGCAGGUGGAGCAGCUCUUCAUCAGAGCCUGCGGGCGCCUGGAGGAAGUGCUCGUAGCCCAGGAGACUUCUCUGAGGACCAGUGUGCUGGGGAGCUCCGUGGAAGAAGUGGAGCGACUGAUCCACAAGCAUGAGGUCUUCCAGAAGCUGCUGACUGCCCAGGACAUGAAGGAAGCAGCACUCCGGGAGCAGCUGAGCCAACUAAGUGGGGGCAGCAGGGCGCAGCACUGGCUUGGUGCAGUGCUGGUGCGGCGGGCCCGAGUGCAAGACAUGGCAGAGAGUCGUAGCCAGGCCCUGCAUACCUCGUUGCUGUAUGCUCGCUUCACAGAGGCCGCCACCCAGGCCAAGGACUGGAUCCAGCAGCGGACCCUAUGGCUGAUGGAGCCUGUGUCCCCUGGGGGCCUGAGAGACCAACUGAGGCACCUGCAGAGACACCAGGCCUCCCAGGCCGAGGUCCAGGCCCACGAGGAGCUGCUGAGCUCUGUCACCAAGGAGGGCCAGGACCUGCUGGCACAGAGCCACCCCUGGGCAGGAGAGAUCUCUCAGCACCUGCAUGCACUACAGGAGCACUGGGAGAAACUGAGGCAGGCAGUGGCCCUCCGGGGUCAGAUCCUGGAGGACAAGAGGAGCUUCCUGGAGUUCCUGCAGAUGGUAGACCUGGCAGAGGCCUGGAUCCAGGGAAAGGAGGCGAUGGUAAAUGCUGGGGACCUUGGCCGGGACCAUGACCACUGUCUGCAGCUCCGCCGCCAGCUCCGCCAGCUCCUCGGUGCCUCGGCUGGGGACACAGCAGGUGAUGCCCACAUCAGGAGCAUCCAUGCCUUGUCGCUGCGGCUCAGGAGCCAGGACCCCGAGGAAGUCAGGACUGCGUGCCAACGGCAGAGCCAGCUCCAUAGCAGGUGGACAAGUUUCCAUGGCAACCUGAUCAGGUACCAGCAGCAGCUUGAGUUGGCCCUGGAGGUACACACCUUGUCUGAUGAGCUGGACGUCAUCAUCGAGUUAAUCGGGGAGAAGAGGGCCCUGAUCCAGACCCUGGACGAGAACGGGCAAGGCCUGGAGCACACGCAGAGGAUGCAGUGGAGGCUCGCAGUCCUGGAGCGGGAAGUGAGCCUGGUGCAGACACAGGUGGAGACCCUGGAGCACAAGGUGAACCGCCUCUGCCGGAGCAGCUCAUGGGCAGCCAGCAGCCUCAGUCACAAGCAGCAAGUGAUGAUGGAGAGCUGGCGGCAGCUCCAGAACUCUACCCAGAAGCGGAGGGAGGCACUGGAUGUCCUGCAACAAGCCCAGGGGCUCCAGGCAGUACUGCAGGACCUGCUGGUCUGGGCCCAGAAGCUGCGGGCAGAGAUGGCUGCACUGAGCAACCCCUGCAGCCCCACUGAAGCCCAGCGCAUGGUGGGAGAGCAUCAGGCACGCAAGGCUGAGCUGGACUCACGGGCAGACAGCAUCCGCCUGGCUCGGACCACCGGGCAGCAGCUGCUUGCCACUGGGCAUCAGUCUACCCCUGGCAUUCACUAUGCCCUGGCUGCCUUGGAGCAGGAGCUGCAUAGCCUGGAAGGGGCCUGGCAGGAACGGCAGCGGCAGCUACAGCAGGCCCUGGAGCUACAGGCAUUUCUGAGCUCAGUGGAGCAGGUGGAACAUUGGCUCUGCAGCAAGGAGGCCUGCCUGGCCAACGAGGGUCUGGAGGACCCCCUUAACCACACGGAGAACCUCCUGUGGAAGUACAAGAUGCUGGAACAGGCCCUGGAGGCGCAAGCAGAGAGGAUUGGCACCCUGGAGGCUGCAGCCCAAGUCCUGCUCCAGCAUGGACACCCUGAGGCCCAGAGUGCCCUGGGCAGGUGUCAGGCUGUGCUCCAGAGGAAGAAGGCGCUCCUGGAAAGAGCAGGUGCCCGCCGCCAUCAGCUGGAGGAGCUCAGGCAGCUACAGGCAUUCCUGCAGGACUCCUAUGAGGUGGUCGUGUGGCUGAGGGAGAAAAACACAGAGGCCCUGGAAGAAGGCAGGUGGGCCCCCGGCGAGCUGCAGGCACAGGUACGACAGCAGCAGGAGCUGCAGGCAGAGCUGGACGCCAGUGCACAGCACCACGAGGCACUGCAGGCGCUGGGGCAGAGGCUGCUGCAGACGGGCCUCCCGGCCCCGGACAUGGUCCAGGAGCGGCUGCAGGAACUGGGACAGCUGUGGCAUGAAGUGCAGGCCAACUGCAAGAGGAAGGUGGUCAGGCUCCGAGCUGCCCGUGAGGCCUUGAGUCUCCAGCGCAGUGUGGAAGAGCUGGGCAGCUGGCUGGAGCCUGUAGAGGCCAAGCUGAGAGGCCCCGUAGUAGGGCAGGACCUGCCUGCAGUGGACGAGUUCCUGGGGGCACAGGGGGAGCUAGAGGCAGCGGUGGACAGGCAGGCCAGGCGGGCACAGGCGCUGCUGGGCCAGAUCCAAGCCUUCAUGCGGGAAGGCCAGUGCCUUGGCCCAGACUUGGUGGAGCAGGCACAGCAGCUGCUGCAGAGGUUUGAGAGCCUGACGGUGCCCCUGCAGGAGCGCAGGGCAGCCCUGGAAGCCCGGAGUCUCCUUGCACAGUUCUUCAGGGACGUGGAGGAGGAGAUGGACUGGGUGCGGGAGAAGCUGCCCCUGGCCACGGCCCAGGACUACGGCGAGAGCCUGCAAGCCGUGCGGCAGCUGCAGGAGCAGCAGCAGAGCUUGGAGAAUGAGCUGAGCAGCCACGAGGCUCUGACCCGGGUGGUGCUGGACACUGGGCAUAAGCUGGUGCAGGCUGGGCAUUUUGCCACCAGCAAGGUGGCUGCCCGGGUGCAGGAGCUGGAGACGGCCAUGGACCACCUGCGGGCGGAGGUGGUACAGAGGCGUCUGCAGCUACGCCAGGCUCAGGAGGCCCAGGAGUUUCUGAUGAAGCUCCUAGAGGCAGGAUCCUGGCUGGCCAAGCGGGACCAUGUCCUGGACAGUGAGGACCUGGGCCAGAGUGCCGAGGCCACGCGGGCACUGUUGCGGCGGCUGGAGGCCACCCGGAGAGACCUGCAGGGCUUUAGGGUUCACCUGGAGCGGCUGCAGCAGACUGCCACGCUCCUGAAGGGCAGGCAGGGCCCGGAAAGUCCUCAGGUCCUCGCCCGGCUGCAGGCAGUGAGGGAAGCCCACACACAGCUGGGGCAGAGGGCAGAGAGCAGGGCCCGAAGCCUGCAGGAGCAGCUGCGAUUGCACCAGCUGGAGCAAGAGGCCCUGCUCCUGGACACGUGGCUCAGCACCCAGCUGGCCCGCGUGCAGUCCCAGGAGCUUGGGCAGGACCUGGAGGCUGUCGAGGUGCUGCAGGAGAAGUUUGAUGCUUUCAGCAAGGAAGUACAGAGCCUGGGCCAGGCCCGUAUGCAGGCCCUGAGGGAACACGCAGGCAGCCUGGAGCAGGCAGCUCCCCGCUGCUCUCUCCACAUCCAAGCCCACAAAAGCCAUAUCCAAGCUGCUUGGGAGAGGCUGCAUGAGGCCAUAAAAGUCUGCCAAGAGGGUCUGGCCGCAGCCCGGGAGCUUCGCACUUUUGAGCAAUCAGCAGCCGAGCUGCGGGGCAGGAUGCAGGAGCAAACUGCCUUGGCCCAAGGAGCAUUGCACGGCCUCCACCCAGCUUGUGUACAGAUGCUGCGGCGACAGCAUGGGCGUCUGGAGAGGGAGCUGGCAGCUAUGGAGAAGGCCGUGGCCCAUAUGCAGAUGGAGGCCCAGCGCCUGUGUCAGCACCAUCCUGCAGCUCAGGAGGGCCUGUCCAAAGAGCUGGCUGCACUGCAGGAGGCCUGGGCCACCCUGAAGGCAAUGGCCCAGGAGCAGGGCCAGCAGCUGGCACAGGCUGUCCAGGGCCACACCUUCCUUGGGCACUGUCAGGAGUUGCUGACACAGGUGCAAGAGCAGAAGGUGCUGGUGUCCUUGUUGGAGGAGGAGCUGACCCAGGAUGUGGCUGAGGCAGAGCAUCUCACCAGGAGGCACGAGGAGCUGGGGCAGGAAAUCAAGGAGCAUGGCUUUCAUGUCCAGGCCUUGUGGCAUGAUGGGCAAUCGCUGUUGGCCCACAGUCCUUUGCUAACCCCCGAGCUGCAAGCACAGGUAACUGAGAGGCUGCAGGAGCUGGACAGUCAGCUCCGUGAGCUCCAGGAGGCCUGGACCCUGUGCAGGCGGCGCUGCCAGGAGAGCUGGGCUCUGCAGCAGCAGCGCCAGGAGCUGGAGCAGGCAGAGACAUGGCUGGCCUCCUGGGAAUGCCUCCUACAGGAGCCCUACUGCGGGCACUCCACUUCCGAGGUAGCACAGCUACUCCACAGACAUGGGGACUUGGAGAAGCUGCUGGCGGUGCAGGAGCAGCGGUUCACCCACCUGCAGGAGACCACAGAGAGGCUGGCGUCCCAGAGUUCCCAAGCCCAGGGUGAGCAGCUGAGGGACAUCAGUGGCUGGAACCUCUCUGUGCCCUUGAGUGAGGCAGAAAGCCUGGUAGCAUCUGACAAAAAGGAGCACCUGUGGCCGACCCUGGGGAGCACAGCAGCCAACCCUAUCAGCGUCACAGACCAGAUGUCACAGCAUGCUGUGGAGGUGUGGCCCAGCGAGGGCGCUCAGCUCAGGUGGAGUAGCCAUCUCCUGCCAGGGGCUCACUCCGCCUUGACCCUGCCUUCUGCCCCUACUGCACUGGAGGAGACCCCGCAGGAGUCGGGGCUUGUGGAGGAAACUGCCCCAGGUGCUGCACGCCACUCUGGCUCCUGCCAGCUCUGAGGUCUGGGCCAUCCUCCCACCUCAGGGUGCAGCAGGAAGGGACCUGAACAGAGCUUUGGAGAGGCACCCAGGCCCAGCCUCUAGCUGAAGUUCCCUGCUGGACCGGGGGCCCCUCUGUAGGCAUCACCUGUCUGUCUGGUUCAUCUGGUCCUGUCCUGGCCACACCUACAAGGCAGGAAGGAACCUUUGGACUGCUUGUCUGGCCUCACUCCGAAGUCCUGCCUGGAGAAG